ACGUGCGUGUUGUUCGUCGUUCUUUUAUUAAUUCGUCACAUUUUACCAAUUGAAAAUUAACAAGUGUCAGCUGCAAAGAUGUCUAUGGAACACAAGUGCUAUUGCCGAGGUGAUGAUGGCAAUGGCAUCGACCUUGAGAAGCCUGAACACCUGUUGCCCAUGAUGAGGCCAUUCUCUAUGAGUUUCAACAAGAUGCCUCUCCAGCUGACCAAACCCGCUCCCCAGUUCAAGACCACCGCUGUCGUCAACGGCGAGUUCAAGGACAUCGCUCUCUCCGACUACAAGGGCAAAUACGUAGUACUGUUCUUCUACCCAUUGGACUUGGAGGCCCACAUCACCGCAGAAGUGAAAGAAGAGAUCUCGAAAGCAGUCACUGUGCCCUCUCCGUCUUUUCUGCAAAUGAUUCAGAAAGCCGUAUGUUCGUGUCAGCGAACUCCCAACGAGGGUCCUAAUGACCAUGACCAAGGCACGAGGGACACUAGCCAUGAGAAACAGAAUGGCACUUUUGUAUGCCCCACCGAAAUCAUUGCGUUCUCCGAGCGCGCUGAUGACUUCCGCAAGAUUGGCUGCGAGGUCAUCGGUGCCUCCACCGACUCCCACUUCACACAUCUCGCCUGGAUCAACACCCCACGUAAACAAGGUGGUCUCGGUCCCAUGAACAUUCCCCUGAUCAGUGACAAGUCACACCGCAUCGCCCGCGACUACGGAGUGCUGAACGAGGAGACCGGCAUCCCAUUCAGAGGCCUGUUCGUCAUUGACGACAAGCAGAACCUUAGGCAGAUCACCGUCAACGACUUGCCUGUUGGCCGAUCUGUGGAGGAGACCCUUCGUCUGGUGCAAGCAUUCCAGUACACAGACAAGCACGGAGAGGUGUGCCCCGCCAACUGGCAGCCUGGCUCCAAGACCAUCAAGCCCGACACCAAGGCUGCCCAGGAAUACUUCAUCGACGCCAACUAAACACUCUCUACACAACACCACGUAGGCGCGGCUGAACGUUGAUAUCCCUCGCUAGUUCGAGCACCAACCAAAAGAUGCCGCUUUUAUAAAAAUCGUAUAACUUUUGGUCCAACAUAUCGAAAUUCAGCCGCAAAUAAAUUAGUUCUCUUAUCAACGGAAAUUGCAUUUAUGAUGUUCAUCAUGCCUGUUCAUAGUCGUAAGUGCAAUUUUCGCUCUAGCACACUGAAUGCCGAAAAUUGGAGUUGAGAAGUAAUCUGAAUCUCAGCGAUAGGCCUGUUCAUCUUCCUGUCCCUAUUAAAAUACCAUCAAAUAAUUAAAGGACAGGUAUAACAGGUGCAAACUCCCAUUUUCCCUUACAGUUGGACAAUAAAAUGAAGGUCACUAAGGUGCUUAGUACCUCAUACGCAAUCAGUAUUCAACGGAGAUCCUAUGAUAUUGUACUCUACAAUCGAGGCUGUAAUAAAAGCUAAUGUACUAAA